AUGGUGAAUACGCAGUUCGAGCUCGCACUGUUCCGGUGUACGUAGGGGCAUUUAUUGAUGGGCAGGCGAUCCUCCGUUGGCUAGUUGACGGGGUAAUUCUUGAGCCGCCCGAACUGGAAAUAUGAUGAAAUCUUGUACUGCCGGUCCAAGAUUUUCUCCACCUCAUCCGAUAUGAUUAGCAGCAGGCUGCGCAGCUAGCGAGGAUCCGGCCUGGAAAAAAUCUGGAGGCGACGGCGCACCUAGUAAGAUCUGGGCGGCCUAGGAGGCGGCGGCGCUGGCGAAGCACCGCUGGCGAAGCACCGCCGGCGAUAGCUGCAGGCGGGCGGCGACAUGGAAUUCCCUCUAGGACAGGUCGAAAGGUUGUAUUUCGGCGACUCGUCGGAGCUUGCUGGCAUCAUGGACCCGGGGUACAGAGUGCGUGUUGAGGACGAAGGGGCGGUCAGCGUGGUGGCGGCGUCGCACGAUGCCCACGGAGACAACGAAGCAGACAGCGUCGCAGCACGGAAACAAAUGCAUGUACAGUGGGCGUAGCUUGAGGAGAGCGCGGGGGAAGUCGGGGAAGAAACGAGAGCGGCUGCGUCCAUGCAUUCAGGGGGCACCAUGAAUGGGAAGAGGAAGAGUGUUGGGGGUGUUGGCCCGUCGGAAUCAGAGCAGUCUACUCUGAAGGUGAAUCCAGAAGCGCCCGGGUGGAUCAAGUGGGUGCGAGUUGGUGCACAUGCAACCGAGCGGAGUCCCUGCCCUAACCGGGUUGGUACGCUGGAGAAGAUGAUAAGAAGUUACCCUGAGAGACGAGGAGAUCAUGUCCUCGAGCCAUCGUUGGGCAUGACAUUUGAUUCGCUCGGCGAAGCAUAUGAUUUCUACAACCUCUAUUCGUGGGAACACGGUUUCGGCGUUAGGUAUGGAAAAAGCAGGCUGAACCCACAGAGGACGAAGACAAUGCAAGAAAUAGUCUGCGGCUGUUCUGGGAAGCCUGAAGGUGAGAACACACGAUCAUGCCGAUGUGAGUGCCCAGCGCUCAUACGCUUGCUUGUGCCGCCUGGUUGCGCAAUGAACUUGUUUGUGAGGCACUACAUGCGUCUGCAGCAUGACCGCGAGAAGGACGAAGGAUACCAGGAAAAGCGAACAAAAGUGGCUAGCGCAGUUUUGCAUGCCAAUUUGUCGAUAGAGGAACAUGCAAGUAAGGUGUACACCUGAGCCAUGUUCGAGCAGUUUGGGCAUAAUUUGUACUUGGCGGGGGCCUACCGCGUUGAGGAGGUUGUGAAAGAUCAGUUGUACUUGGCAAAGCACACGAAAGCCCACAAGAGAGAGAAAUGGAGCCGUGUCGAAUUUCAGGUGAAGAUUAUUGAUGGCGGUGAAUUUUUCGAUUGUGAAUGUGGCCUUUUUGAGCUCAUGGGAAUUGUCUGCAGUAUCAAGGUAAAGUCGGGAAGAUGAAAUUAUGUACUUGAUGAUUUGGGGCAUGUGUGUGUGUCCAAAUUUUUUCCGCCCAUUUCGUAUAACUACUCCUUUUUUUGCAAAUGUUAUGGACUACCAGGGGGUGGAGGAAAUACCAAAGCGGCACAUCAUGAAGAGGUGGACAAGGGAUGCAAGGGAUGUACUGCCAGGGCACCUUGAGGUAUACCAGAACGACCACGCCUCUAGCAGAUCUUUCACGUGCAGACAUUCUUUGCUGUACAGAAAAGCACUGGAGCUCGCUAGGUGAUGCAAGUGCCGAGGCAUACGAGAAGCUUAACAGUUUGUUUGAAAGCAACCUACUGAUAAUGGCACCGUUCGAUAGUAUGAGGGAUGGGCUUGGGUUAGAGGAUAGGCCGGCAGAGCAACCCGAUGAAGUUGGAUCAGAAAGAGUGAUGUUGGACGACGGCUUAAUUCUGGCUGGGGAGCCGAAUCUUCUACAAGGGUUGGGAGCCCCAAUAAAAAAUCGCGGGGCUGGGAGGCCAACCACAAGCAGAGACAGGGCUCCUUACGAGGGGGCCGAUGGACUGAGCAAGCGCACGCGUUUCUGCACAAUUUGCAGGUGUAGCGGGCAUAAGAGGACGACAUGCCCCCAGCGGGGAGACGCUCCGAAGCAGCCGCGGAAAGUGGCGAAGUGCACGAGGUGUGGGUUGCCUGGUCAUCGUAGGACGACUUGCGCAAAACAAGUUGGCGCAUUGCUUUCGGGAAGGUGAUAUGAUUUCACAGACAAGAAAGAAUGCCCUCCAUCCCUUCCCCAUCGAUGCCCAGAUGUUCGGUGAAAGAGCUGCCUCGUUUGUUAACGAAAUUUUCAUUUGGUACUCAUGGAUGAUCCUAAAUAUUAGUUGGAUUUUUAUUGUAAAAGAUGUUUAACGAUAGACUUGGGUGCAGCUGGUUGUCAGUUAGUAAUCCAGUCUGACCUGAUGUUGUGUUACCGGCCUGACCGAAUUCUUUCCAAUAUUGUUUGUUUCUCUUGA